GGCGGGGCGUCGACACAGGACAGUGAACGCUCGAGCUGCAUUAGUGCGCCAUCGCGCUUUGAACAGUCAUGUGAUUCCAUUGAACUUGGUCCAUUGUUAUUGGAUGAGAAGCUCAACUUGGCGUUGAGGCUCCUGGGAUCCAAUACUACGGAGCAAACAGUGGUCGAAUUGCAGAUGUUGAAGGCUGGACACUAUACUUUAAGGAUAAAAAUGGCCAUGUGUCCUGGAUUCUUGGAAGAAUUUUCAUCCUGACCACUGUCCUGGAUCUAUACCGUCAUAGGAAAAAGUGACUCAUCUCUUGGCAAAGAAAGACUUUGGUGAUUUUAUUUUUCUCUGGACGGUAUUUGAGAAGUCAUCAUGCCUAUUCUGAAGCAGCUUGUGUCCUCGUCCUCCCAGUCGAAACGGCGUUCUCGUGCUGACCUGACUGCAGAGAUGAUCAGCGCACCUCUGGGAGACUUCCGUCACACUAUGCACGUGGGUCGAGGAGGCGACGCGUUCGGGGACACCUCCUUUCUUAGCAGCCGCUCAGGGGAGCCACCAAAGGAGCCGGAGGUACAGCAGAGCUCACCUAAACAGAGCCUCCUUUCUCGUACUUUCCGAAGCAGCAAGCGCUCGCAGUCGGCCAAUCGUGACAAGCCUGACAUAUCCAAACUGGCGCCCCCUGGUGGCUCACCGAGUUAUGUAAAAAACGCAAUCUCACUGCCAUAUUUGAAUGACGAUGACACAGGACGAGGUACUGGAAUCCACGUUCCCAAGAGCGUGUCCUCAAGUCCUUUAAAGAAACUUCCAGAAGACCAAGUAAAGCCGCUUAAUGGAGCCACGGCGUCCGCUGUAUCAGACUUGGAGCUGGACGAGAGGAGUUUCGGAGAGCUGACUGACUUGCGUCCAUCGGUUCCUUACACCGGAGGCAUGAAACAUGCCGAGUCCAUCAUGUCCUUCCACAUUGAUCUGGGUCCCUCCAUGCUGGGUGACAUCCUGAGUGUGAUGGACAAGAAGGGCAUUGACGAUGACGAUCUGGGAUUUGAAGAGGGGAAGAGUAGCGAGGGACGCAGCUCGCCGCCCCAAAGCCCUCCCAACGAGGUGGAAGAAGAGGACCCUCUUCCUCCAAUCCGGCCCCCACGCCAAAGGCCAGGCAUCAACCCUUACACUCCAGAGCUCCAAACCAGGAACCAUCAAAACCUGGACAGCUGUUCCCUCUCCAGUUCAGGGUCCACCGUGCUAGAUGAAAAAUCCCACAAUCAGAUGUAUGAGGGGAACACGAACAACAUCAAGUACAGCUCACCUCGAGUUCAAGACGACAGGGACUUCUCCUACAUGGAUGAUGACGACGAUGAUGACGAGAUUAGGGUGUAAAGUGAACCAUAAGGUGCCAGAACAGUCUUUGCAAAGACUAAAAGAAAUGGUGGAGGUGGGUUGUGGUCAAUUAAAGCUCUUACACUGACUUGGAGGACUGAUUUUAUAAUGGAGAUGAAAGGGAAAACGUAUGUUUUAGCCCUUGCUAAAGGCUUUUUCACUACAUUUUCUAGAUCAGGUAUAUAAACCCUCUGUUACUAGUGACUUUCACCAGAGCCACCACAGCUGUGAGAGGAAUGUGCUUGCGUGUUUGCAUAUGCCAUGGCGAGGGAAUUACAUUUCAAAUGGUAAUUACAGUCUCGUGAGUAUCAUUAAUGAAUUCCAGUGUUGACCACUUGGAAUGCUGAUACAGGAGGUUUGUUUGGAACCAAGCCCCACAUUCUCGCAUGAUCGACGCAGUACUCUUGCUUAUGCCUUUAAACUUAAAGAAAAUA